UUCGUUUGUUCGCGGCGCUGCGCGUGCGAUUCCGGGGGGCUAAACAUUGUAUUUUGUGAUAGAUUUUGAUACUCGCUCUUGUUUUUUUGAAAACAAGGUUUCGGAGUGUACUGCGAUAACAAAGGUAGAAGGCUGUCUUCGGCAUCUGUUCCUGUACCCCCCAUUUUAGGAGUUGAAGCACUGCCUUCUUGUGCGAAUCGCCGACCAUGUACAAGUUCCGGGCCGCCCUAGUGGGCCACAGCUCCGAUGUGCGGGCCGUAGCUGCCGGCAUUUGCCCCCAGGGUAGCGUCAUCACGUGCUCGCGUGACGAAACGGCGCGCAUCUGGACACCCAACAGCGGCGAUGUCGGCUUCGCGACGGCGCAGACGCUGCGCGGCCACAGCCGGUACGUGGUAGCGGCGUGUGUGAUGCCGCCCUGCGACGAGUACCCGGACGGCCUCAUCCUCACCGGCAGCAACGACGCCAACAUCCACGUGUACUCGCACAAGAGCAGCGAGCCGCUGUACCGGCUCACGGGGCACACGGCCACCGUGGCAGCGCUGGCGGCCGGCAAGUUCGGCACGAUCGUCAGCGGCUCGUGGGACUGCAGCGCGCGCGUCUGGCUGGGUCAGAAGUGCGUGCUGACGCUGAGCGCGCACAGCGCCGCCGUCUGGGCUGUGGCCAUCCUGCCCGGCUCGGGGCUGGUCAUCACCGGCUCGGCCGACAAGACCAUCCUCGCCUGGAAGACCGGCAAGGUCGUGCAGAAGUUCACUGGGCACACGGACUGCGUGCGCGGCCUGGCCCUGCUCUCCGAGGAUGAGUUCCUCUCGUGCGGCAACGACGCCACCAUCCGACACUGGAAUAUAGACGGCAACUGCAUCCACACCUUCUACGGCCAUUCCAACUUUGUCUACAGCGUGGCCGUGCUGCCGAACGGCGUGGACCUGGUGUCGGCCGGCGAGGACCGCACGGUGCGAGUCUGGCGGCGCGGCGAGCUGGCGCAGACCAUCAACGUGCCCGCCCAGUCGGUGUGGGCCGUGGCCUGCCUGCAGAACGGCGACAUCGCCGCCGGCUCCAGCGAUGGCGUGUGUCGGGUGUUCAGCGCGGCUCCCGAGCGGCAGGCGCCGCCCGACGGCCAGCACGCCUACGAACAGGAGGUGGCCAGCACGCAGAUGAGCAAGGCCGACCUGGGCGGCUACAAGGUGUCGGACCUGCCGGGCGCCGAGGUGCUGCUGGCGCCCGGCCGCCGCGACGGCCAGACGGUGAUGGUGCGCGAGGCGUCCGGCGACGUCACCUGCCACAGCUGGUCGGCCGCCGAGCAGCAGUGGAAGAAGGUCGGCGACGUGGUGGGCGCGUCCGGCGGCUCCACCGAGACCUCCGGCAAGGUGCUACACGACGGCAAGGAAUACGACUACGUGUUCACGGUGGACAUCCAGGAGGGCGCGCCGCCGCUGAAGCUGCCCUACAACACGUCCGAGGAUCCGUGGCAGGCGGCGCAGCGCUUUAUCCACAAGCACGACCUCAGCCAGGCGUUCCUCGACCAGGUGGCCAACUUCAUUAUCAAGAACAGCGGCGGCGCCGGUGUGGCCGCCGCGCCCGCCCCCUCCGCCGACUACUAUGACCCAUUCACCGGUAAGUCGCCUAGUGACGAGCCGAUCAUCCUACAGUGGGAUGUGCGUGCCACGUCUUGGAGAGGAGGACAUGGCAAUGCUGACACUGAGAAGCCAACGCGGUCGGACACCAGCAGCGGCCCAGCGGCGCCCGCGCCCACCACGCCCGCCGCGCCGCGCUACUUCCCGCAGGACGAGUUCCUCUACUUCGACAAGGGCAACGUGGACGGCAUGGCCACCAAACUGCGCGAGUUCAACCAGCGGACGGGCGACGGCAGUCACCGGCUGGAGGAGGCGGUGCUGCUGGAGCUGACCAAGCUGGCCGAGCCGGCGGAGACGCCGUCGCCCAACCACCUGGCCACCCUGCUCCGGCUGCUCGACUGGCCCAAGGAGCUGGCCUUCCCGGCUAUCGACCUGCUGCGGCUGGCGCUGAGGAACGCCGCCACCUGCGAGUUCUUCUGCUCGCCCGAGCGGCGGCCGGCGCUGCUCGCCGCCCUGGAGCGCUUCGCCCAGCCGGACUCGCCGCCGGCCAACCAGAUGCUGGCGCUGCGGGCGUGCUGCAACCUGUUCCGGCACGCGGACGACGUACCUCCUGUGUAA